AUGAGCAGGUUACGUUCAGCGAUGCAGAAAGGCAAGAGAGCCAGUCAGGAAAUGGCAGAAACUGUAAAAGUGAAGUCAAAGUCAACCGUGAAAAAAGAGAAAACACUGAACGCUGCUUCACCCUCCACGUACCACACUUUCUCUGAUCCUGCUGAUGUGGUGCUGCUGAGGUCUCAGCUCCUGAACUGGUACGACAAGGACAAGAGAGAGCUGCCAUGGAGGACUCUGGCCAUGACAGAGCCAGACCUCAACAUCAGGACUUAUGCAGUGUGGGUUUCAGAAAUCAUGCUGCAGCAGACCCAGGUUGCCACAGUAAUAGGCUACUACAACAAAUGGAUGAAGCGGUGGCCCACAGUGCAUGAUCUUGCAGCUGCAACAUUAGAGGAGGUGAAUCAGAUGUGGGCGGGCCUGGGCUAUUAUUCACGAGGAAAAAGACUGCACGAAGGAGCUCAAAAGGUGGUGUCAGAGCUUAAAGGACAGAUGCCUCGCACAAUUGACAGCCUGCUGAAACAGCUACCUGGAGUGGGACGCUACACUGCUUCAGCUAUAGGCUCUAUUGCAUUGGGCCAGGUUACGGGAGCAGUGGAUGGCAAUGUGAUUCGGGUGCUUUGUCGCCUGAGGGCCAUCGGAGCUGACAGCACGAGUCCUGCAGUAACAGAAGCACUUUGGAGUCUGGCUAAUGCGCUAGUCGAUCCUGAGAGACCGGGGGACUUCAACCAGGCCAUGAUGGAGCUCGGGGCUCGAGUCUGCACCCCAAAAGGACCCCUGUGCAGCCAGUGUCCCAUACAGACUCACUGCCACUCAUAUUCCAAGGUUAAUGCCAGACAAAAGAAAAGCUCCAAGAAACUGUUGGCAAAGCUUGACAGGAAGACGACAGCCCUGCCUGAUAUAGAAGACUGUAUGAACAGUGAGACAUGUCCAUUGUGUCCGUCGGAGCCCUGGGACGAUGAGUUGGGUGUUCAGAACUUCCCCAGAAAGCCAGCGAAGAAGCCGCCCCGAGUGGAGCGAACUCUGACCUGUGUGGUGAUCAGACCUGGAGAGGAGGGAGAGUACAAGUACCUGCUCACACAGAGACCAAACAAAGGUUUGCUGGCAGGCUUGUGGGAGUUUCCGAGUCUUCUGCUGGAGGGAGAGAACUCGGAGAUUAAACAGAAGAAGGCACUCUGUGCUGAGAUCAGAAGGAUACUGGGAACCCAUUUGACUGAAGGCCUCUUCCAGUAUGUGGGAGAGGUGGUGCAUAUCUUCUCUCACAUCCAUCAGACAUACGUGGUUCACAGUGUGUGUUUGAAGGACACUGAUGCACAAACACAGACUGAAAAUGUACAGUGGCUCUCUAGAUCUGCUCUGCAGGAAGCUGCUGUGUCUACAGGAGUGAAAAAGAUUGUGAAGCUCUGUGAUUCUCUGGACAGCCAAAAGAAACAGGCCUCUAAGGAUGGAAAAAGGCAAAAGCACACUGGACUAAAGAAUGAGAAGAGACAACAGACCUCAAAAAAGCCCAAACUGAGUGCAGCGAACGGCACUAGCAGGCAGCUUUCCCUCAGCUCCUUCUUCAAGACAGUGAAAGAAGAAUCUUGUUAA